AUGAAUAAAGGAAAUGAUUUGAUUGGUUGUCAGCAAAAUAUUUUCAAUACUACCAAUAACAAGGAAACACAAUUGGAGUAUGCAAUAGAAGCAAUUAAGCUUGGGUCUACUGCUAUAGGAAUCCAGACCUCUGAGGGUGUAGUACUAGCUGUAGAGAAGCGUGUCACAUCAUCUCUGAUAGAGCCUUCAUCCAUAGAAAAAAUUGUUGAAAUUGAUACACAUAUAGGCUGUGCCAUGAGUGGUUUAAUAGCAGAUUCACGCACCAUGAUAGACAAAGCAAGAGUUGAGGCUCAGAACCAUUGGUUCACAUACAAUGAAAGAAUGACUGUUGAAAGUGUCACACAAUCUGUUAGCAAUCUCGCCCUGGCUUUUGGUGAUGAUGAUGCCGGACCAGCCAUGAGUCGACCAUUUGGUGUAGCUCUAUUAUUUGCUGGUAUUGAUGAUAAAGGUCCCCAGCUAUUCCAUAUGGACCCCUCGGGCACAUUCAUACAAUUUGAUGCCAAAGCUAUCGGGUCAGGGUCAGAAGGAGCACAGCAAGCACUACAGGAGGUUUAUCAUAAGGCCAUGUCAUUAAAAGAAGCAAAGAAGAAUGCUCUAACUAUACUAAAACAGGUCAUGGAGGAAAAGCUAAAUGCCACAAAUGUAGAGAUGGGUGUAUGUGUCCCAGGAACUAUGUUCACCAUGUGUACAAAAGAAGAAAUAGAAGAUGUAAUCAAGGACAUUCAAUAGAACCUAACACAAGCUAGCUGAUAACUAAGAUUCCAAGUCUCCAAAUUAACUAUAACAUGAUGGUAGUAGAAGUGUGUUGAACAACUACCGCUGUACAUUAGUGGGGUAUUUUCAAUUUAGGUCAAUUCAAAUGACUAAUGCUGGAUUUUAUCCUGAAAAUAGGAGUGAAAAAGACAAGAGAGAUGACUAAGUUUUCCAGAAAAGAGUUCUACUUUAUUCCAAUUACAUUAUUCUAAUGUACUGCACUGUAUUAUAAUUUUGCCAAAACUUUCACAAAUCAGUAUAUCUCAGUGCAUUAAGAUAAAAUGAGACAAUGGACCAAUUUAAUGACUCAUUAGCUGAGCUAUAUCUUUGAGCUCUGUGUCAAACUAAAGUUAGGCUAGGGCAAAUGAAUGAAAUAUUUAGCACAUCCUUACUCAUCUGUUUCAACUACAUAGAAUACUUCAUUUAGUAUUUGGCUUGAUUGUACCAAGCUUCAAAUAUUCUGAUAUAUUUUGGCAUACUUAUGCCAAUAAUGUAAUUUUUAGGAUACAAAAAUAAAAGCAUUCCCUCAACAUUCUACUAAAACAAAUUAACAUGAAAUUUCAUUGCACUAGCCUUGCUUUGUCACUGUGGAAACAAGAGGAGUGAGAACUUUGUGAAAUCAUUUAUAUCCCAGGAUUUAUAUUUUUGAUCAUGUGCAGUAUAACAUGCGAGAAGAUCCUGUUAUUUCAAAGUUUUGUACAUGUUCAGGCAUAGAAAUAAACAUGCUGAAAUUAUAGUCUAAA